AUGAACAAAGAUAUCAUAUUUACCUGUGAUGUAAGCAAUGCAAAAAACAAUAUGCCAAGAAAAUUAUUCUUGUACAAAAGAAAAUUGAUGAUAAGCAAUGAAAACUAAGAUCAGUCCAACAUUGAUGUAGGAUUGGAGCAAAGGAGCAGAGAAAUUCAGCUUCGAUCUCAUUUGACAACAAUAAGUUGGAUAUAUAAUGAGAAUAUCCUCAAAGGGUUUAAAGUUUCAUAUUAAUGCAAUUUUUCUAUGGCUUAAAAGUCGAUAACUUAUUUGGCCGAUGCAGAAAAACUGAUAUAAUUAAAGUAAUUACUCGAUGGGAGUGUAUUGUACACAGACUUUAAUAAUUAUUAUCAAUUUAAAAGUUCUUUUAUGUAAAAAGAAGAUGUCUAAGUAAUGAUAUUAGCUAAAUAGAUUUCCAAAUACGUUCAAACAGAAACAGGAGAACUAAGAUUAGUUAAAUUUGUCAAAAUUAAUGAUUAAUCAAAGGUCCAGCAGGAAUUAAACAUUGUUUUCGAAUUAAAUCAAUAAAAAUACCAAAGUAUUCUCGAAAUUGAUGAAGUUUACAAAGAUUCCAAUGAAAUAAUCUUUGUUAUGAAGUACUGUAGAGUAGAAAGAGACAAAGCCUUAGAAAUAGAAGAGAUCAAGUACAUCAUGAAGAGACUCCUAAAAGGUGUAAAACACUUACAUAAAUUGGGAGUCAUUCAUAGAGAUUUAAAAUUAGAUAAUAUCGUUUUGGAAAAUUAAAAUGAUAUAAAAUCUAUAAAAAUAAUUGAUUUUGGCUUAGCUGUAGAAAUUGGUUACUAAACUUAAGUAAGAUGUGGUACACCUGGAUACAUGGCUCCUGAGAUUUUAAAUCAAGAAGACUAUGAUGAACUAGUUGAUAUUUAUAGUUUAGGAAGCAUAUUUCAUUCUUUAUUAUCUGGACAGAAACUGUAUCCAGAAUAUUAAGAUAAGAAUCAUUUAAUUUUAUUGAAUCAACUAAACUAAAUCAAAGUAUCUUCGAAGAUAUUGGACUUAGAAUAAAGAUAACUCUUACUUUUGAUGAUUGGACAUAAGAAGUAUCGACCUUCAGCCUCUUUAUGUCUCAAACAUUAAUUUUUCAGUAAGUUUUGUGUCAUCCCUCAUCCAAUAGAAAAUAAAGUAAAAUAAUUAUGCUUCCCAAACAUUAAAAACCCUUUUAAGAGUAAAUGUUUCUGA